AUGUCCUAUUCACCACCAGACUCCGCAAAGCCCUUCACCCUCGACAUUUCUGACCAAGCCAUCUCAGAAUGGCGCCAGCUUCUUCAGCUCUCGAAGCUCGCCCCCGAGACUUGGGAAGGACGACAGGAAGACCGCCGCUUCGGUGUGUCCCGCAAGUGGCUUUCUGAUGCAAAGGACUACUGGCUGAACAAGUACGAUUGGCGCGCGCAAGAGAAGCAUAUCAACUCGUUCUCAAACUACAAGAUGCAAAUCGAGGAUGUCGAUUUACACUUUGUCGCUCUCUUCUCUGAGAAGAAGGACGCAAUUCCCAUCAUAUUCAUGCAUGGAUGGCCUGGAAGUUUCAUCGAGUUUCUACCGAUGUUGACACUGGUUAAGGAGAAGUACUCCGCCAAGGAUCUACCAUACCACCUCAUAGUACCUUCGCUGCCUGGUUACACUCUCAGUACCGUGCAGUCGACCGAGAAAGAGUGGAAGCUGGAAGACAGCAGUCGCGUCCUUAAUCAGCUGAUGCUGAACCUUGGCUUCGACAGGUAUCUUGCACAAGGAGGAGAUGUGGGCAGUUUCACAUCGCAGAUCAUGAACAUUUCGUACGACUCGUGUGUUGGAAUGCACCUGAACAUGUUGACAAGUCUCUCACAACCAAAUGAAAAUACUUCCAUGAAUGCGCUGGAGAAGGAGGCGCUCGAUCGUGCAAUGAAGUGGCGCACAACCGGAACGGCCUACGCACAGGAGCACGGAACCAGACCCAGUACGAUUGGCAAUGUGCUGGCGUCAAACCCGCUCGCACUCCUUGCAUGGAUUGGCGAGAAGUUCCUGCAAUGGACGGACGAGGACCCUUCUCUUGAUACGAUUCUCACCGAUAUCUCUCUCUACUGGUUUACGGAAAGCUUUGCUCGUUCCAUUUACCCUUACCGCGAGCUCUUCGGUGCAGGGGCAAAGGACAUCAAGCAAAACAAGAAGCCUGUCGGUUUCUCAUUCUUCCCCUAUGAGCUGGCUCCGGGUAUCAAGAGUAUCAUGGAAAAGGAAACAAACCUAGUUUUCUACAGGCAGCACGAGCGUGGUGGGCAUUUUGCUGCUUUGGAGAAACCCAAAGAACUUUUGGAGGAUGUCGAGGAGUUUGUUAGCAAGGCAUGGAAGGUAUGA